AUGGCGCAUCAAUCAGCGCGAGCUUCUUCCACAGGUGGGCAGGGAGGCCAGUUCCACUUGGUUACAGCUCUGCAGCCGCGUCAGCUGAGCAGCGGGCAAAGGCAAAGCGGCAACGUCCUGGCUGGCGAGGGAGGAAGCGCGGGCUGCCAGCCGCUGGGAGACGCGGCCCCGGCAGCACCUAGAAGCCGCCGCCGGCGCCCGCGGACGCGGAGGGAGGCAUGGCAGCUCCCCGCUCGGCUGGGAGUGGGGCGCACGGCCGCUAGCGCGGGAGGGGAGGCUCGGCGACGGUGCCGUAGCCCGGCCUCGCGGGGCGGGAGCUUCGUGCCCUCGUCCUUCUGGCCCCAGCGUGCCCCGCUCAGGCGUCCCGCGGCCAGAACCCGGGCAGCUGGCGCACUCCGGGGUGCACCCCCGAGGAGGCGAGAGGAGGCGAGAGGAGCGAGGCUGGCGAGGGGCGGGGGGGCAGGGGUCCCGCUCCGGGCCCGGGCGGUGGGGCGGGGGGAGGGCUCCCGAGGUGCUGAGGGCUGGGCGCGCUCGGGGCCGCGAGUUGCUAGGAAACAGCCCCACGCUACCCAGCGCCUCGCCCCGGCCGCCUGCAGGCGCAGCGGCGGCUCCGGCGGCGGCGGCGGCGGCGGCGGCGGCAGCAGCGGCGGCAGCAAGAGCUCCGAGCAGCGUGGGCGGGACAUUGGCGUGCUACUUUAUUCUACACAGCCAGAAGUGCUGGAGACUGAACACUCAUGGACCCUGUCUCAACUGAGAACUGAUCUAAUGGGAACAGAGUUAUAA